AUGCAGAUCUUCGUCAAGACCCUCACCGGCAAGACCAUCACCCUCGAGGUCGAGUCCUCGGACACCAUUGACAACGUCAAGGCCAAGAUUCAGGACAAGGAAGGCAUCCCGCCAGACCAGCAGCGGUUGAUUUUCGCCGGGAAGCAGUUGGAGGAUGGCCGGACACUCUCGGACUACAACAUCCAGAAGGAGUCUACCCUCCACUUGGUGCUCCGUCUCCGAGGUGGUAUGCAGAUCUUUGUCAAGACUCUCACUGGCAAGACUAUCACUCUCGAGGUCGAGUCAUCCGACAUGAUCGACAAUGUCAAGGCGAAGAUCCAGGACAAAGAGGGGAUCCCCCCAGACCAGCAGCGGUUGAUUUUCGCCGGGAAGCAGCUCGAGGAUGGGCGGACCCUUUCGGACUACAACAUCCAGAAGGAGUCAACUCUCCACUUGGUCCUCCGUCUGCGCGGUGGUAUGCAGAUCUUCGUCAAGACCUUGACCGGCAAGACCAUCACCCUCGAGGUUGAGUCCUCCGACACCAUCGACAAUGUCAAGGCCAAAAUCCAGGACAAGGAGGGUAUUCCCCCAGACCAGCAGCGAUUGAUUUUCGCCGGAAAGCAGCUUGAGGAUGGCCGAACUCUGUCUGACUACAAUAUCCAGAAAGAGUCCACCCUUCACCUUGUCCUCCGCCUCCGAGGAGGUAUGCAAAUCUUCGUCAAAACCCUCACCGGCAAGACGAUCACUCUCGAGGUUGAAUCCUCCGACACUAUCGACAAUGUCAAGGCGAAAAUCCAGGACAAGGAGGGCAUCCCGCCAGACCAGCAGCGACUCAUCUUUGCCGGUAAACAGCUCGAGGAUGGCCGCACCCUUUCGGACUACAACAUCCAGAAGGAGUCUACCCUGCACCUCGUUCUUCGUCUGAGGGGAGGUAUGCAGAUCUUCGUCAAGACGUUGACGGGGAAGACGAUUACACUCGAGGUGGAGAGCAGUGACACCAUCGACAACGUGAAGGCGAAGAUCCAGGACAAGGAGGGCAUCCCGCCAGACCAGCAACGCCUUAUCUUCGCUGGCAAGCAGCUCGAGGACGGCCGGACUCUGUCGGACUACAACAUCCAAAAGGAGUCGACUCUCCACUUGGUCCUUCGUCUGCGUGGUGGUAUGCAGAUCUUCGUCAAGACCUUGACCGGCAAGACUAUCACCCUCGAGGUUGAGUCGUCCGACACUAUCGACAACGUCAAGGCCAAGAUCCAGGACAAGGAGGGUAUUCCCCCAGACCAGCAGCGUCUGAUUUUCGCCGGAAAGCAGCUGGAGGACGGGCGGACCCUGAGCGACUACAACAUCCAGAAGGAGUCUACGCUCCACUUGGUGUUGCGUCUGCGUGGAGGUCAGUAG